AUGGCGUUAACGGAAAAGUUUACAGGGAAAUUGACAGAAGCACUUGUUCUAGCACGAACAAGAGCUCAAGAUUUAGAAAGUGUUAGAAAAUUAAAUUGUUGGGCGUCAAACAUCAGAGAUGUCAGCAUUGUAAGAGAGAUGUCCAAUCUGGAAGUAUGCAGUUUAAGUGUAAAUAUGGUAUCCAGUCUUGAGCAUUUCGCACACUGUCCGAACUUACAGGAACUCUACGUCCGGAAGAAUAACAUAGAGAACCUCAGUGACAUUCAUUACCUGAAGCAUCUGCCGCGUCUACGUAGCCUGUGGCUGGCCGAUAAUCCGUGUGCGACUUGCGACAACUACAGACUCACCGUCCUACGCAUUCUGCCAAACCUGCAGAAGCUGGAUAAUGUGGCUGUAACAGAAGACGAGGUAAACGAGGCACUGGAGGAAGGGGACGAAGUUAGCCCCCCAGAACUGACUGCGUCUGUCACCGAGCCGGCAAGAGUUCUCACGCCUCUGUUGGUCGAGGCGCAGGAAGUGAACGGAGCCGCUGGGGACGCGGCAGUCGAGGAGAGAGUGGAGGAAGACGCCAGGCAGAAACAGCACGAAGCAGUCAUACUCAGCAUGGAGGAAACAAAUCGCAUCAGGGAACAGUUUGGUUUGAAGCCCGUGCCCAUCGACAAGAUAUCUACCGCCAAGUCCAUGCCGACUCAUGCUACAAAAGCUAGAAACACCCACAUUCUUCAUGCCACUCUCCUGCUGGUGAAGGAAUUGGACCAGGCGAGUCUGGAGAUCCUGGAAACAGCUGUCCGAAAAAGACUGGAGAGUCUCGUCUGACAAGAACCUCAGACAUAGACAUCGUGAAUCAGGGCAAAUAUGGAGAUUGAGCAGCCAGCCAGCCAUCCAGUCGAGAGCAAGAAAAAAUCUAAAGCGCAUGCCACAUGAUCAGAACCAAAGAUGUUUGAUUGGUCAGCCUUAUUAUGCAUGAUUUGUUUAUGAUAUUAUCAUUAUUGAACUCUGUGAUAAUCAUUUUUGUCUUUUAUGGACAAAUCAAUUGUAUUACAUUGCUUUCCAGACUGAGUGGGGCAGGGCGAGGUGGGAGUGGGGGGUGUAGUUCACUGAUAGAAUGCUCUUGCCUGAGGUAUGAUGGGUUUCAGGAUUGAUCACCCUCUAUGGACUCUAGGUGUGGGGGGUAUGUGUCCACCAGUAUCCUACGACUGGUGCAACAAAGAUGUACUUGUAUGUUUGUGGUAUGUACUGUCCUGUCCUGUCUAUCGGGAAAGUGAAUUUAAAAGAUCCAUUACUACUUUUUCAGUAGGAAUCCUGUCUCUCACAAUCGGGUAUCGAAAUAACCCUAUAUGAGACAACGAGUAGCUGUACAACUAGUUUUUAGAAAAUUGUCAAGGAGUCGUAAAACAAGCAUUCCUUUGUCACCGCCACAUCCUCUGGAAACAGACGUGUGAAGUUGGUCAAUGUGAUCUCCAGGGCCAUCCUUUUUUCUCUCUUUCUUUGUCUCUCUCUCUCUCUUUCUCUGUAUCUCUCUCUCUCUCGAUCUCUCGACUUUGAUGUGGUUGACAGUGUUUCCAAAGUGCCUGCAGCAGUUGUUGAUGUUCCAGCCUCUGCAGAGAUUUGUAAACUUUAGGCAGCAGCAAAAUGAAGCCUAGACCAUGAAGCUCUUGUUUGCUUUCCUGUCUUUGUCUUUGGAGGGGCGGGACGUAGCCCAGUGGUAUAGCAUUCGCUCGAUGCGUAGUCGGUGUGGGAUUGAUCCCUGUUGGUGGGCCCAUUGGGCUAUUUCUCG